AUGACACACCACGUCCCGCGGACGCUCGUGGAGUAUCGUAUGUGUGCACUCAGCGCUGCCAUACGAGACAAGCCGGAAUGGUACAACAAGUUCCGCAAUGAAGCGAUCCGGGCGAAUUGGAAGGAAGAAAUCCAGGAACAGCAGGAAGUCUUAAUCCACCGAAGUCAGCAGCUCACCGAUAAUAUGAUCAACUACAUUUUUGAGGAAUUGGAGGCAUAUGUUUCCCUCCGCGACCCGGAUACCGGGAUUCAGCCCGGACCGUACGAGCGGAUCUGGCAGUCUGACGAACUCAUUUCUGCAUCUCUCAGAGCUGGUUUGAUCUCCGCCGUUGCACCUCUAGAGUCUGUGCCGGACUCCGAGCAAGAUUGGCAUCCUGGCUCUGACGGGAAGGUACUCGACCUUGUCCAUCCGUCCCUCUACCCCGUCAUCUACGGGCGUACUAUCUCCAACACGACUAGGCAGCCGCUCAAGCCACGGCCGUCUGAUAUCAACAAGAUGUUCAUUUCUGACCACUUUCAGUGGCUACCCUCGGACUUCGACGUUCCUAAGGACGGCACCGUCACGCUUGCGUCGCCCUACAUCAACAACAUACACCCGGAUCGACAUAGGCCUCUCAUGGACGUCAUCCCGAGGAUCCUCGAGAAGGCUGUUCCGAUGUUCGAAUGGGUGUUGUCCGAGCUCGAGAGGAAGCGUCCGCUACCGACGCGGAUGGACUACCAAGGGAACAGCAUCCCCAGAUGCAUAUGGCCCAAGGAGAGAGAGCCUCGGCCAGAUGACAACACUAUGCACUGGUUCUACGCGAAGCACGACUCUUUGACCAGCGUCGAACUCAACCCCUUCAAUGCCUACUAUGACAAGAUUGCAGACGCCGCAGAGUAUUGGCUGGACUCGCUGCCGCACAUCUGGCCGGACAGCAAGCCCACGUACGACGGCGAGCUCGCCGAUGUCAAGAAGACCGUCAGCUUACGAGGCAGGCAACUUCAGGUGAUUGUGAAACUGGCGAACAUCGUAUUGACACCGGAGAAGCCGGUAUACGAAGGCGGGACGUGGCAUGUCGAAGGGAUGGACAACGAGGCUAUCGUGUCAACUUUCAUAUACUACUACGCCUGUGAGAACAUCACCGAGUCCACGCUGUCCUUCCGCACUGCGACGCACGAGCCGGAGUACCACGCCCAGUACGACUACUACUGUAUGAACGACGAACCUUGCGUACAAGUAGUCGGUCGAGCUGUCACGAAACAGCAUCGAUGCCUCGCCUUCCCGAACCUCUACCAGCAUCUAGUUUCGCCCUUCCGCCUCAAAGACGGGACGAAAUCGGGCCACCGCAAGAUCCUCGUCUUGUUCCUCGUCGACCCCAACGUCCGGGUUCCCUCCGCAUCGGACGUCGGACCGCAGCAAGCAGCGUGGAUCCGUUCUGCACUGGAGAGCACUCAGCUGUGGCAACGGCUGCCCACUGAACUCCAGGAUAUCAUAUGGGAGCAGGUAGACGCCGUGUCCGACGAGGAGGCGAAGAAGUAUAGAGAGGAGCUCAUGAAGGAGCGGACGGCAUUCGUGCACACGGUGGAUGGACAGAGAUUCGGGCAUCCGUUUAGUCUAUGGCCGCUGUCUGAUGCUAGCCGCAUCACUAGCGAGCAUUGA